UUUUGACAAGUGUAAUAAAAAUCAAUAAUAUGCAUGGAAGACAAGACGAAAAUGUCCAAAACUCACACAAUCCAUGACACACAAUGACAUGAGUUGUAAGCCUUGUAACAAAUACUAGCAUGACUACCAUCCUUUUGCAAAUAGGUGUAAGCAUUGCAAUUCAUGCUAUCACCAACCUAGCUCUCAAUUAUUUUUAUCAUUAUUUAAUUUUAGAAACAUACUCUACACCAAUUAUUAAAUUCAUAUAAAUAAGAUUUUAAAAUCAAUUUAUUAUGAGGUUGAGCAUUUCACAAAGUAUCAUUUGCCCGCCUUUUUAUCAUUUAUUUCUCCGAAACCGUGUGCUUCUCCUCCCAUUGAAUCCCUCCAAAACCAAAGGCUCCCUAAAUUCUACCUAAAAUACCACCCACAUUUUCGCAUUAUUUAUACACACCAUACACUUUGACCAUUUUUACAUCGUUCAACUCAUUCAUUUCCCUAAUUAUUCUUCCUUUUUCAAAAUCCGAAACAAUUUCUUGUAUAGGACGGUCUUACAGUAAAUAACACGAUACGAAAUGUGUCGUACCACGGAUUACUACCACCGUCAGGAUCGCUUUCUUCGGUUGAAAGCUAUCUCCCUCCAACUUUCUCUCACCUCCGCCACCGCCGCCGUGUCUCUCCUCCCGGAAUCAUUGACGCUCGUUUUCCUCCCUCGGAUAAACGGCGGUCUCCUCGAAAUCAACGGCUCAAAAAUUCGGCCAGAUUCUCCGGCAUUCAUCACACUCCACCGCGUCCUUAACUCCGACCUCAUCUUCACCUCCAAAGACCGAAUCCGCGCCUGCGACGGAGUCGUUUUCGAGGUUCACCUCGCCGGAAACCGCCUCCUUCACGGAGGUUUCAGGCAGUACGACGACGGCGAUUUCAAAAUGGAGUGCAAGCUUAUGGAGGAGAGAGAAUUCGGCGUGAGAGAAGCGGAUGUGUUCGUAGUAUCGGAGAAUGGCGGUUUGAUGAGAGAGAAAGCGGUGGCGAAGCGGCGGCGGAGGAGGAGGAAUUGCCGGAAGUUUGAGGUGGCGUUGGAUGAGAUUCCGGAGGAGAGAGAAUGUGAUGUGGUGGAGGAUGAAGAGGAGGGAUCAGGUGAGGUGUGUUGUUGUUGUGAUGAGGCUGAGAGUGAAUCGGACGGUGGAGAUGAGGUUGAGUUUGAUCGGAUGGUUGAGGAGGAAAUGGAAGGGGUUAGAUGGGCUGUUGAUGUGGGUAUUUGGGUUGUUUGUUUGGGUGUGGGUUUCUUGGUUUCUAAGGCUUCUACUAGAAAUUUGAGGAGAAGAAAGUUUUUAAUUUGAGAAAUUUUUUUUGAAGGAUGAUUUUUUGACAUAAUCAAUUUUGUAAUUGUAAAUUAUUUUAGUAAAUUACACACUAAAUGUUCAAAGAGAAGACCUUUUCGAAU